CAAAAUUGGUCUUCGAUCGUCGAUCGUGAAAGAGGAAAAUCGUGUUCCCGGAUGCGCUGGAUUCUGAGAUUUGAGUAGCUGAAUGGCAAUCGUCCCUGCGGUUUUGCAUUCAGUCAUCAUUGUGAAACCUCAGGGAGUGUUGUUUUUCUUUUAGUGCUUAUUGCUUGGUACGUUUCUGCGCUUGGAGUGGAUCCUAAUGUCUGCUAGGAAAACAGUGGGUUUUAGGAUUUGAAAGGUGGGGUUUUUAGAUUGACUGACUUCGACUGUGUUGGGUCUUCAGGUGGUUUCUCUAAUUCAUAGAUUGUUCUCCUAUAAUUUCUUUUGUGUGGACUUGGCUUGCGGAUUUGAUAGUGCUAGCAAGUAUGACUUGCAGUUUCUUUUACCUGCGUUUCUGAUUAUGGUGUCUGCAGUGGGGAUGAUUCCUGAAGGAAAUUUUCGGUUGGUGAUUUAAUUUUUAGUUGGUGUUGAGUGUUUUUUCUUCCUUUUCUUCCCUUUUGGACUUCAGACUACCUUUCUCUUCCACCUUUUGUUUGCUUUUGGGUUUAGAUGGGUCGGUGAUGGUUGUCAGUGUCCGAUGAGAUCUCUGGGAUUCCUUUAUCCAAUAUCUCUCUCUUCUCGGCAGUAUCUUGAAGUUUUCUAUCUCAAUUCCUUACACUUUUUCUUGCCUUCUGAUUUAGAUGGUGAUUGCUGAUGCUGCGGUGGGGGAGAGCAAGUGGUGUGAAUUAGACACAUUGAGGAGGUGGGUUUUAUUUGAUUUUGUGUUGUGUACUCUGUUUAAUUCUUUUAAUUUCUUACCACAAAUUGUUUUUAUAAUUCGUUUCUAGAUUAUAUACAUGGUAUAGUGGGGUCUUGAGAGCCAAGGUGUGAUGAUUUUAAGAUGCUGCUUUGGCUUUAAGCUCAAUGAUAUGUUCUCGAAAUCUUUUGCAAGUGUGUAGAAGGUUUAUGUUACGUUGGUACUGUUUUAAUGAUAAAAACAUUAUCACACAUUAUCAAUUUAAUUUUCUUGGUGAAAGUAAAGAUCAAGUAGUGUUGAACAUGUUGACUCCUUGUCUGAUUUUGCUCUCCAUCUGUUGCAUUAUAGGUUCAAAUAGCUGUCAUAUCUGUGUGGAUGUCCUAAAAUAUAUAAUCUUGCAAGUUUUAUUUCAGCACAUAGAAAUGAACAUUUAGCAGCCACAUUGAGGUCCUUCAGUGAAGAGCUGAAAGCGAAAGAACCACAAUCUGAGAGGAAAAGGAAGAAAGAAUCAAAGAAAGAUGACAAAGCUACUAGCAUUGUGGUAGAUAUCUCUGAUCUUUGAUUCUGUAUAUGUUGAUAGGUGCUAAUCAUGUCAAGUUAAAAUUUGUAAUGCCUGCUUAGUUGGACACAGAAUCAAAGAAAGAUCACAAAGCUUCUACCAGUGAGGUAGAUAUCUCUGGUCUUUGAUUCUGAAUAUGUUGAUAGAUACUAAUCACGUCAACUUAAAGUUUGAAAUGCCUGCUUAGUUGGUGACAUAAUUUUGAAAGCUUUUUUUUUUUUGAUAGUUAGAUCAUAUACUGCAGUAUCAUGGAUUCAUUUUCAUUUGGUUUGUGACUUUAUGUGCUGCCUGAACUAACUUUAAGCACCUUGGUUUAAUCCAUACUGAUUGGGUCUUGUAUUUACUCAUCCAUGUGUAUUUGUGCUCAAUGUUACCUGUGACUUAAUCUUAUUC